UCCACCAGGAGCAAAUCAAUAUCGAUUCUGGUAUCGGGGGUAUUUCACUUCGGUGUCGUUGACAUCGAUUCCCAUUAGGUCGCCACGCUAAGUUAAAUCGAACUCCGCCGAAUCGAUCCACUGCAGCCACCACGUUAGGGGUAAUCGGGAAGCCUUUUUUUGAAAUCGAUUCCAAAAAUCAUGCGACGUUUUUAGAGUCGCGUGACAGGGGAAUGUGAUGAGAGUUGACUGCUGUUGGGACUCACUCGGGCGACUGCUUUUUAAUUUAUUGGGAGUUUUUUUUUUACUUCUUCAAUGUAACUUAAACGCCGCUUUUAGUUAGUCACUGAAGUACCACCUUUUUAAGACUGCACAUUCAGUUGUAAGUACUCGAGUAUACGUACCAUUUAAUAAUCGCAUGCAGAAAAUGACGACGGAAGCUGAAGACGGUCGCGCCGACGGCAGCUUCCUCUCUCUGGACUACGGCGCGUGGGACGUGCGCGUGGCCGUGAUCGUAGGCGGCUUUGCGCUCUACUCCUGCGUGUUUCUGAUCACGCACCUCGUCUCCCAGGCACUGAGCGUUACCUACAAGGGCCUGCACUCGCAAGAACGCGCGUUUUGGUCCCUGGCAGCCACGCGGGCCGUUUUCGGGGUGCAGGCAACUUUCGCAGGGCUGUGGACACUGCUCGCCGAUCGCUGGCUCUUCGAGGGUCUAGUUUGGCGGCAGUGCUGGUGGAGCUGGGCGCUCAUCCUCACCACCGUGGGCUUCUUCCUUUUCGAAAACCUCGCCCUGCACGUGUCAAGCGCCGUGUUCGGCGGCCUCGACCUGGGAUUGGCAGUCCACCACGCUCUCAGCGCUGGUGGCUUCCUCACCAUGGUGCUCUGGGACUCCACAGGCCACUACUUGGCCAUUGUGAUCCUCCUCCUGGAAAUGAGCACCCCGUUCACCUGCAUCUCCUGGAUGCUGCUCAAGGCUGGCUAUGCCAAAACUCUGCUCUGGAGAGUCAACCAGAUGGUGAUGAUCCACAUGUUCCACGGCCGGAUGUUCCUCACCUACUACUUGUGGUGGGAAAGCUGGAGAAAUCGGCAGGACCUUGUGAAUCAUGUGUCUCUCCCGACAUUGGUCAUUUUCUACACGGGCCUGCUUGUGCUCACAGUCUAUCUCAACCCAUACUGGACCUACAAGAAGACUUUGCAGCUGGCAAACCCUGUUGAUUGGAACUUUGCCAAUAAAGACGUGAACAGAAAUGGCCACAAAGUUGCAGAUGUGAUUAACAAGAAGAAUUCGUAGGAUUGCAGCUGUGUUCAUGCUCCUGUUUUGUUUUUAAGCAAGACACAUGGGUUUUGAUUUAAAGCUUUCGUGACUGCAGUAAUUCAUAUUCUUAGCUCUUUCGGUAAAGUCACCUGAUGACGACCGUUUGUGUUAUGGUCGAAUCGUCGUGAGAAUUUUUAUUGUUUUAUAUAUAUUUUAUUAUUUUAUUGUUUCCCUUCAACGUGACUUUACCGAAAGAGCUAAGAAUAAGACACAUGGGUAUUAAACUUUGAUCCUACAGAUAACACUGGUGACUCAAAUGUAUUUUUAGUGAUCAGAUUGAAAGCCUCAGAUGUGUAUGAUGACAUGCAACAUUUUCGCGGUGUUUGACUACUGCAGUCAGUUCGAAAUGGCGAAACAUCGUACUCGAAUUGUAAAUGUUGUGGGUUUACUCUCCAACACACCGGUGUGCUGAACUAGUAACUAAUUGGCACGUUUUGUUUACGUGACAAACCUUACUAAUUGGCUGUGUGGUUUAAUGACAUUUACAUUUAUGCAAUCUAACCCCAAAAAGACUUCUUCUGGAUAAUAUUCGUCACGAGAGCCUACGUGUUCAACUGAGUUUUGACAAGUGCUUCCAAAUAGCUUAGACUCGAGCACUGAUUGAUGCUUUUUUUAUAAUGGCCAAUAAUAGACCCAAUUAAUUCAGACUGGGAGAGUGGCAUCUGUUGGAACAGAUCCCUAAGAUACAUGCUUCUAACCUUUACUUGUGCUUAGGUCUCAGUUUAAAGAAUCCUUUGUCUAGGUGCCCGGUACUUGCAACAAGAAUUUGUGCACUUUAUGCAAAUUGUAGCUUUCAUAUUUUUCCUUACUGGUGCCGUCUGUGAUGUAUUAAUGCUACCUGUUUGAAAUGUUGCAUGCUGAUUCGAGCUCAGUUUUUGCAUGCAAUUUUACAUAUCCCAUAGGGUUGUGUUAAGCUGAUAUUUCUUUUUUUAUUGUUCUUGAAAAUUAUGGUCUGUUACAAGGCCAUUCAAAAUCCUUGAUUAUAUCCUCCUUUACAUCCUUCCAGCUCCAUCACUUCCAGGGAGUGUCGAAUCUUCAGGACAUGGAGUGGUGGGAUGCAAGCGUAGGGUUUAGAAAAUACUCAGUUACUGCAUUAACAUCAAAUCACUUUGAUAUUCGGAGACUUUAUUAAUGUAUGAUGUGUACUAAAAUACUUUAUUAGUAGAUUGUAAUAUGCAUAUUUCAAUCUAUCAAUCAUGACGAUCUAAAAACUAAUUUACAUACAGUGUGCUGCUUGUAAACAGUUGUUUAAGAAUGUUAUAUGGUAGCUGGUUUUAGGUGGUAGUUUUUGUUUAAUUGUUUUGUUUGGUAUUAUAUAUGAUCGACUGUUAUUUGCUGCAAUAACGGUAUAACUAUAAUUUGUCUUGCUGCUAAACAUCACGUGCUAC